CGCUUAUAAAAUAUUCCCUCUAGUCCCUCUAACGCCAGAAGAAAUUUAUAAAAUAAAAAGUCCUCCAAAUUUCAGUUUGAUUCUUGUCCAAGCAAAAACCAGUCAUUGCCACCACCAUCUCCAAAAUUUCCAUCUCUUUAUUACAAUUGUAACACAAAAUUGAUUCUUUCAGCACAUACAAGAUUAAUUCACUGAGUUCGUCUUCAAUUUAAGUUUAUUUUAGGUGGUUGAUGGGAUCAACUACCACGCCAGAAGAAUGGCCGCCGGAUGGGCAAUUCCCAUUUGAUCUUUUUAUAUCGAAGAAAUAUAAGUCAUUUUGGGAUGUUGGAAAUAUCCAAUUUACUGAUUCUGUUGGAAAUUUGUUGUUCAGAGUUGACCGUGGUCAACCACGUGAUUCAUUAGCUCGUAAUACCCAAAGUCAGAAACUAAUUCUUGAUGCAUCGGAUAAUAUCCUCAUUCGCUUAGUUCGAUUAGUUAAAGGAUCAUGGCAAGGUUUUAUGGUAGGCGAUACUGAAGAGAAGGAGUUGUUGUUUAGUGUGAAUAGGACGCUAAAUACAUUUACUAAACUAGAGUUUGACAUAUUUCUUGGUGAUAAAAAUGGUGAAGGUGCAGAGGCUGAUCUCAAGAUGACAGGUUCCGCCCUCAAAAGAUCCUGCACCAUCUACAAAGGCAAUUCCAUAGUUGCUGAGACUAGUCUUAUGUACACACUUGGAUUUCGGAAGUAUUUCAUUCCGAGGAACAGAUUUCGUGUAACCAUAUUUCCCGGUUUUGCUGAGCUUAGUUUGGUUGUGGCUCUGGUUGUAAUCUUUUUUGAUAAACGGAAAUUUUGGGUAUAAAAUGGGAUCAACAUCUCAGCAAGGUGGACGGCUGUAUAACAAAGAUAAUUGAAUUUAACGUGUUGUCAUUCCCUUUUUAUUUCGA